CCUGCCUAUCGCGGAGACAGGCUUGUUGCCUCAGGCAGCCAAUCCUCGCUAAAGUCCAGCGAAGCACCAGACGGCACACGGGACAGUGGAAGGACACAACCCCCUUCUCACUCUCUCUGUCCAUCAACGAGCAGCCUCAUCUUCGGGCCAAUCUCCCGAACAUGGACCAAAUCCUGGAGCAAGCGCGCUCCAUCUAUGAAGGCGAGAUAGACUUCCAGGGCCAGCGGCUCGCCGAACUCCUCCAGAACCUGCUGCUCUCCAUCUCCGGCGUCAUCGCCUUCCUCGUCGGCUUCACCACGCAGAACAUCAUCCACUCGCUCUACAUCGGCCUCGGCGGCACCGCGCUGACCUUCUUGAUCGUCGUGCCUCCCUGGCCAUGGUACAACCAGAAGGCUGAAGCCUUCUUGCCGCCAAAGAAACACAAAGCCGCUUCAACAGACAGGAGGGAUCUGAAGGGUAUAGACGUCCAGGGGCUGAAAUUGGGCUGAGCGGACAUGGUGGUGUUUUGGGAGUACCGGUGGAUUGGAGGAUGCGAAGGGGUAGCAGCCCGUCUACAACG